AAUACCCCUCUCCACCGAGCGGAGCUGUAGCUGCCCUGGGACCCUUUCUCAGGGGGGCGCAGCGAACUUAUCCCCUCCGGAAAGCCCGGGGGUGGGAAGAGGGGAUGAAGCUGGUUUUCCCUUUGCCUCUUACUCUCCAGGGUUCAUCCAGACGCUCGGGAGGACGAUUUAAUGUCCCGCUCCGCCCCUGCUUCCCCCCGCCCAGGCAGCUCCGGGAGGCUCUGGGUCAUACGAGCGGGGAAUGAGCUGCUGCAGCGGCGGCGGUAGCAGCAGGAGGAGGGAAGGAGGGAGGGCACGAAGGAGGGAGGGCACGAAGGAGGGAGAAAGGAAACCGGGCAGGUGACACCUCGCUGGGUUGCUCCGGCUCUGCGGGCGCGGGGCGGGCGGCAGGAGCUCGGUGGCCAUGCACGUCAAUGGGAAGGUGGCUCUGGUCACCGGCGGGGCGCAGGGCAUCGGCCGGGCUUUCGUCCAGGCGCUGCUGGGCAAGGGCGCCAAGGUAGCCCUGCUGGACCGCAACUCCGAGGCCGGACAGGAGAGCAAGGCGGCCCUGGACGAGCAGUUCGAAGCGCAGAGGACGCUGUUCAUCCAGUGCGAUGUGACGGAGCAGGAGCAGCUGGCAGGUGCUUUCAAAAAAGUGAUUGAACAUUUUGGAAGGCUGGAUAUUGUGGUUAAUAAUGCUGGAGUGAACAAUGAGAAGGACUGGGAAAGCACUAUACAAACUAACUUGACAUCUGUGAUCAGAGGAACCUACCUUGGUCUAGAAUACAUGAGAAAAGGGAAUGGAGGCGAUGGAGGAGUAAUCAUUAAUAUCUCAUCCUUGGCAGGACUCAUGCCUGCUGCAUUCCAGCCUGUGUACUGUGCUACAAAGCAUGGUGUAAUUGGAUUCACACGGUCCAUAGCUUUAGCUGCCAGUAUGGAAAACUACGGUGUGAGACUCAACACAAUCUGUCCAGGAUUUGUCAACACACCAAUUCUUCAGUCAAUAGAUAAAGAAGAGAAUAUGGGACAAUACUUUUCAUACAAGGAUGAGAUAAAAAAUAUGAUGCAGUUCUACGGCGUGAUGGACCCAUCAAUAAUUGCUGAGGGAUUGAUAACAAUAAUUGAAGAUGAUACUCUAAAUGGAGAAGUUAUGAAGAUCACAGCAUCCCAAGGAAUUCAUUUUCAGGAAUAUGGCCAAACACCUUUUACAUCAUCAAAGAGAUAAAUAAUUGUUUUGUGCUAAUUACUUUUAGCUUUUCUUAUGUAGAAAAAUUUUGAAAAGAGUAAUUCUGCAGGAAAAAAGAUUAGUGUUGUUUUUAGAUCAGUGACAGUGUUCAAACAUUUGCAUCCUAAUAAUAAAGAGAUAGGUGAGAAAAUCUGUUGUGGGAAGAUGUUAUCACCCUAUUCUGAUUCUAUAAGCACUAGUAACAGUAUUUAGUAAAAAAACACACUGCUCUGAAGCAUUUUUUAAUUAUUAUUUAGUAGUAGGGGCCAUUUUUUUCAUUCUGGUUGUUCUGAUCUACAUACUCCAAGCAUAGUUUAGUUCAUCUGACUCACUUUUGUUAUAAUUCUUUUUACUGUUGUGCCUACUUAUUUACAUCUUGAAUUCUUCAGACCAGGAAUUCAGUUCAGGAAUGUAGAUCACAAAUGUAGCCAUAAAGAGUUAAGAAUUAACUUGCUUUUAUGAAAUGUUAAAUAUGGGCAACUUAAUAUGUUGUAUAUCAUAUAAGGAAGUACAGAUUUUUAACUUCUUGGAUUUUAGAUAUUUAUAAAAUAUUUUAGAAAUAUUUUUGUUUUCUUUUAUAGAUAUAUAUAUAUGUUAAUUUUCUCACUCUGUAUAUACAAGGAUGAAUAUUUGGGCAUUGAUUUAAAUGUCUGCUUGCCUAUUAAAUUUUAUUUUCUAAACCUUUAAUUUCU